CAGACACCUUCAUCUUCCAACUGCACAAACCUCUCCUUGUCUAACAAAAACUUUUCCAAAAAAGCAAAGAAAUUUCUGAAGCUCUGUUACCAUUUUUGCAUUGCCAACAUUGAAGCUCUCUCUCUCUCUCUCUCUCUGAAUUGAAAACCAAAGGAGAAGCAGAGCUCUGCAUCAAAACUCAAACAUGACUUUCGCAAAGCUCGAUGAUUCGCCAAUGUUCCGCCAGCAGUUGCAAGGCUUGGAAGAGGGGGCAGAGGCAUUGAGGGGAAGGUGUUCUAAGUUUUACAAAGGAUGUCGAAAGUACACAGAAGGGCUUGGAGAAGCAUACGAUGGGGAAAUUGCUUUUGUAACUGCCCUUGAAACUUUUGGGGGAGGGCAUGGUGAUCCUAUUUUUUCAGCAAUGGGGGGCCAUAUCAUGACGAAUUUCACAAUUGCAUUGAGAGAAAUCGGAACAUACAAGGAAGUUUUGCGGUCACAGGUAGAGCACAUGCUAAAUGAUAGGCUGCUGCAAUUUGUAAAUGUUGACCUCCAAGAUCUCAAGGAAGUCAGAAAGCGUUUCGACAAGGCUUCAUUAAUAUAUGAUCAGGCACGUGAGAAGUUUCUGUCAUUGAGGAAGAGCACUAGGCUGGAUAUAGCUGCUAGUAUAGAGGAGGAACUGAAUAAUGCAAGAUCCUCAUUUGAGCAAGCCCGCUUCAACCUGGUUACUGCUCUCUCUGAUAUUGAGGCGAAAAAGAAGUUUGAGUUUCAGGAAGCUGUUAGUGGGGUGAUGGAUGCUCAUCUUCGUUACUUCAAACAGGGAUAUGAGCUACUACACACAAUGGAACCCUAUAUUCAUCAGGUUUUGGAGUAUGCACAACAUACGAGAGAAAGUGCCAACCAGGAACAGAUAUCGCUUAAUGAAAGAAUAAUAGAGUACAGAAGGCAGAUUGAUAGGGAAAGUAGGCAGUCCUUACGUGGUGUUCAUGGUUGUUUUAGCGGAGAUGGUAUGCAGACUUUGGCUAGAAGAUCAAAUAAACUGAUAGAGGAAGUGAUGCAAUCUGCUGCAAAGGGGAAGAUUCAAACCAUUCGUCAAGGAUAUCUCUCAAAACGGUCCUCCAAUUUGAGAGGCGACUGGAAAAGAAGGUAUUUCAUUCUUGAUAGUCGAGGGAUGCUGUAUUACUAUCGCAAACCAUGGAACCGGUCAUCUUCUUCUCCGCAGAAGAAUAAUUCCACCGACUAUGGCUCUGGGAUUUUGAGUCGAUGGCUUUCUUCCCACUAUCAUGGUGGUGUACAUGAUGAAAAAUCCGUUGCACGUCACACUGUGAACUUGCUGACAUCAACAAUUAAGGUUGAUGCAGACCAGACAGACUUAAGAUUCUGCUUCAGGAUUAUAUCACCUUUAAAAAUUUACACUUUGCAGGCAGAGAAUGCACUCGACCAAAUGGAUUGGAUUGAGAAAAUCACUGGAGUAAUUUCUUCAUUAUUGAGUUUCCAGGCACCUGAGAGGCGUCUGUUAGCUAGCUCUAUGGGUAGCGACGAUCAUUUCUCUGCAAGCGAGAGCAAUUCAUUAGAAAGUUAUCGUGAUGUUGAUCAGACAGCUAUUCAGGACCAGUCACCAAAAAUCUUCACUAAUAAUUAUUUGCGUACCUAUAGAAGUUUGCAACCGCAUAAGCCGAGUGUGAAAACUGAGAAGCCAAUUGAGAUAUUGAGAAGAGUACGUGGUAAUGACAAGUGUGCUGAUUGUGGGGCACCUGACCCAGAUUGGGCAUCCUUAAACCUUGGUAUUCUUAUUUGCAUUGAAUGUUCUGGUGUUCAUCGCAAUCUUGGUGUACAUGUAUCAAAGGUUAGAUCACUGACACUUGAUGUGAAAGUAUGGGAACCGUCUGUCUUAAUCUUGUUUCAAUCACUGGGGAAUACUUAUGCAAACUCGAUUUGGGAGGAGAUGUUGCCUUCAAAAAGUACUUCACAGGCUGAUGAUAUUCUUACUGGUUUUUUCAAGUCUGAUAGAAAUUCAAAUGAUCAAUCUCUUAUGACAAAGCCCUGUUAUGAUGAUCUGAUUUCAGUAAAGGAGAGAUUUAUUCAAGCAAAGUAUGCAGAAAAACGUUUUGUUCGCCCCGGAAAGAUCAGUCAGAAACUCCACCCUGUGGAGCAACAGUUGUGGAAAAGUGUCUGUACUAAUGACAAGCAAGCUGUUUACCGCAAUAUUGUCAGCUUUGAAGCUGAUAUUAAUGCUGUAUGUGGGAAAGCAUUAUGUGGUAUGCCCUUAGAAUCUCGAAAUGUUACGAAGUGGAUGAGUAUAAAAGACUUGAUAUCAAUUGAUUGGUUUGCAGAUAAUUCAAUAGACAAGCCUUCCUCAAGUAAUUCAAAUUUAUCAAGUAGAAGUGAAGAUCGCCUCAUAGAAAACAUCCCUGAGGGUUGUUCCCUGCUUCACCUGGCCUGCCAAAUUGCUGAUAUUGGCAUGGUGGAGUUACUUUUACAGUAUGGUGCAAAUAUAAAUGCUUCUGAUUCAAAAGGCCAAACUCCACUCCAUUAUUGUGUUAUGAGAGGGAAUCCUGCUAUUACAAAGAUGCUUCUCAUGAGAGGAGCAGAUCCUCAAGCCACUGACAGAGAAGGUAAAACACCAUGUAAGCUUGUAUCAGAGUCAGCCUUGAAUGACAAUGGGAUGCUUUCUAUGCUGACAAACUCAGGCAGAUGAUGGUUCAAAUGAGAGGAGAAAUUAUAUAUAGCGUAAGGAACUUGAGUACAGAUUAAAAAUAUGGGAUUAAUCCCUCUUCAUAGAUGUAGAUUAGUUCAGUUUUGUGGCUUGAGGUAAACAUAGGAAAUUUGAUUUGUUUUUACGUUUUCUUCAUUUGCUUUCCUGUAUAGAAUUUUAGGAGGUUAGUAGCAAAUUCUUCUGUUGGUGUAUAUACGAUUUCAAAUGCAUUUCUGCCAGGGAAAAGAACCAGUGCGUGCAAAAAAUAUGUGAGGUUGAAUUUGGGUUGUAAAGUUAA